UGUUCGUAGUGCAGGGCCACUGGCUGGGCUCUGUCAGUUUUCAAGCUGAGCAGGAGCUCGGAUAUUACAUACCCUCCACGGCAGCACGAUUUUGCUCUGGCUCGGCUGAAGUUUUCCCACAGAUAAGAGGGAAAGGGGUGGGGAAGAAAGAUUGCCCUGAGGACACCUCUCUCUUGCAGGACAUGGAGAACAGGCCAGCAGAUACCAACUCAGAGGUGGACAAGUCGGCAACACCCUCCGUGGCUCAGCUAGCAGGGAAAUUCAAAGAGCAAGCAGCCAGUAUCACUGGAAAAGAGGUACCACCGCAUAAGCCAACUCGGAGGAAACCACCAUGCUCCCUACCAUUGUAUUCCCACAAAACUGAGACAAGUGACAAUGGUGAGCAAAAGUGCUCUCCAAAUGCUGGCCCCAUUCCCAAGGUCAAGGUGAAAAGCUCCCCCAUGAUUGAAAAGCUGCAGGCCAAUCUGGCUUUUGCUCCAGCUGCUCUGCUGCCAGGAGCAUCUCCCAAAAGCCCUGGUCUGAAAGUCCUGGUUUCUCCGUUCAGCACCCCUCCCUCAACGCCCAGCAGCCCAGGGAUUCAGUCCCAGCCCACUGAAGCGAACGAGACGCCGGUCAGCUUUGAUCAACCCCCGGAAGGCACUCAGCUGCAAUUCUAUAAUAAGGUGCGGACGCGGGGAUCAAUAAAGCGCAGGCCUCCCUCCAGGAAGUUCCGAAGAUCUCUGUCCGACUAUGGAGAUGGGGAAGAUUUGGGGGUCAACAUCUCUCCAGAAAAUGGUGCCAAGGAAGAUGGGGAUGAGGUGUUCGGGCCCAAGGGCAAGACAGAGGAGGCAGAAACAGAGAGCAAAGAGCAAAAGAAACAGACAGGGUCUGAUGAGAAGCCCCCAUCAAGAAGAGGAUCCAGCAGAUCAGAAGAUGAAGAAAAAGGGGAAAAACAAGCAGACAAAAAGACUCCUUGCAAGAGUAACGGAGGGGAUACAAAGGAGGAGGAAGCGUGUCGUGGUGCCCCAGGGGAGGAGAACUCUCCCCAGCCUCCCUCUGAAAACACUGAGGAGAAAGUGUGUGAGGGCCCCCAGGGAGAAGAGCAGCAAGGCAGUGCCUGUGAGCAGGAAAAGGGGGACAAGGAGAAGGAAGAAGCUGCAGCUGAAGCUGAAGCAAAGGAGACCAGUGAGAGCACAGAUGCACGGAGAACAUCAAACACUGAAGAAACACCAUUGGCACUCGAACCGCUGCAGGACAGGGUGGGCAUGGGGACUGCCAGUGAGCUUUCAACGUCAGCCACGCAGGACCAGGGCACAGCGUAACCACGACGCACAGGACAUACCCAAUCAGGGCACAGGAGACUUCAUGUGUGAAUAGGAGCCAUCUAACCCAAUCAAGGUGGAAGCUACUGGAAAACCUUCAGUGGCAGGAGAGGAGCAGAAUACAGAUAUCCCCUGAGGCCCAGACUCAUCCCAGAGCUGAGUUGCUACUCCCUGGCUCUCUGCUUUGCACCAUCAUCUUUUGGGACAGUCGGAACAAGACACUGGCUUGCAAUCGCUUCAGAGUUCAAAUCUGAGGUGUUGACUGAAGUUCCUCAGUGAUAUUCAGGGCCUGAGAGACCUGACGCGUGCUGUCCUGGAGCCAAGAGCCACCACCACUCCUGGUCCCUCUGCUCCUUCAUCCUGCUUCAAAAAUGUCUUUUUCUUCUCCCCUGCAUUGGUCUUAGAUGAAGUUCGUCAAUUACAUACAUACAUGUAUGGUGCCUUUUUGGUAGCUUCUUUUGAAAUAUUUUGGGUUUUCAAAUUUCAGCAAAUAAUGUUUUAACAGUAGGAAAAAAGUACGUUUUCUCCAUAUAUGCUGUAUGGCAGACAAUGUGAACCCAGAACAUGGGGAAAACUCUUAGGACAUUGUUCAUAAAGCAUAAAAUCCCUUUGAAGUGGGGGUCGAGCUGACUAAUCUGUGAAACAACCAGCUGUGGUAGGCAAUUUUUCUGUGUGCUUCAACUUUGGGGUGUUUUUAGUGCUGGUGAAAAGUAACAAGCAACAGAUCUGAUGCACAGAAAAGAUGUGCUGCGUAGGUCAAUAGGGCAAAUUUUCUUAUCUGGCUCUGGGCUCCAGUCUAGAUUUAGAAGGGUUGCUUGUCCGUCAAGCUGUUUUGAAACUUUCGGUGUGUGGCCACUGAGCGCCGCUCGUGGCAGAAAGCAUCCUGGCUUACUGGAAACAGAUGAUUAAUUUUAUGUAGGUCAAAGAAGAGGUCUUAGAUGGCUGAGAUUCCAGCCAUACGGCCUGACUGAAUAUGAACUGGUAAAGGUCAGCCAGCCAGUCCCUCCUAAGUACUUAGGCAUUGUACUUAGAUUUGCAUUCACUCUUGGGGUACUAGUUAAGUCAUGGGCCUCGCAGUUGCUAAGCCAAAAAUGCUUUUACAUCUGAAGAGUAUUUGUUGCCUGUAGGAAAUAAGUUAUUUGGGGAAAGACAGAAAACAGACCCUCACCUGACCAGUUUCCUGACAGUAGUGCUUGAAGCUGUAUCUGCAAUACUGAAUAAAAAGCUGCUGUGGCUCAAGGCCAUGGGGCUCACGUCCACAGCGUGACACAGAGCUGUGGAGAAGUCUGGGCUCGCUGGAGACUGCGAGCCAGACUUCCCAAAAGCUCAGCCAAGGAGUCAGCUAGCUGUUAGAUGGUGUGGAAAGGUCAGAGGCCAGUGCUCGAACUUGCCACCAGCCACCUAGUACCCAGCAACACAGGGGCAGCUACAGAAACCAAGGGCAGAACCAGCCAGCUCCUCUUCAUCCAUCACCAAGCUCCUCCUAGCAAACGUUAAGCUGGGCAGAGUUGGAGGCUUGGCUUGUGCCUGUCUCUCUGGACAGGCACAAGCAUUUUACACAACACAGCCCACAUCUGUCCUCGAGCCGGGCUCUGCAACACAGCAGCAUUACAAACCUGAUGGUUUUGAGGGAGAUCCCCUUUCUGUUCACCAGCUCUAAAAUCGUGAGGGAAGAAGUGGCUCUGUGCCCUGCCUUUCUUUUUCCCAGGUGAGAGCACUGAGGUGUCAAUCGCUGAGAGCCAGCGGCGUUGACCCUCCUGCGUAGCACGGGCUUGCUGGCAAACAUGACCCCCACGUCCUUUUGAGCCAUAUUGUGGAGCAUUGUUGCCUUUGAAUCCAUUUUAAUCUGUUUGUUAGAGCUUGUAUUCCAGGGCAGGCUGCAAUCAUUUGCUGUACCCUGUUUCUUCUCUCAGCAGAGUGUCCCAUCUGGAUGUGAAUGAUUGUGCCUUACUGUAUAUAGAGAUAUAUGUGUGCCUGUUUAGAGAAUGAGUAUGUGUGUCCCAAGCAAGGGAAUGGAAAUCCGAGGGAGAAA